CGGGACCCAGCCCCCACCCUGCACACCCCUGCCCCCCGUGGUCUGCGUGCUGGCUUUUUAUAGCGCUGCAGAGAUAUGGAGAAGCAGCUGUGAGAGAGGCCGAUCACCGUCACUAUUCCCCUGUCCGCGCUCUCUGUCUCUCUGCCACUCUCCCCUCUCUGCCUCUGCUCCCGUCUUUGUCUACUUUCCUCUUUCUCGUCCCCGGUCGUGACGCCCUGCUGCCCCCGUUCCUUCACCAUGGCGGACAGGAAGGAGGCCAAGGUCAGCUCCAGAGCCCCGGAGAAGAAGGAGAAGAAAGAGAAGAAAGAGAAAAGGGAGGAGAAAGAGAAGAAAGAGAAAAAGGAGGAGAAAGAGAAGAAGGAGGAAAAGAAGAAGGAGGAGAAGAAAAAGGAGGAGAAGAAGGAGGAGAAGAAAAAUGACAAGAAGGAGGAGAAGAAAAAUGACAAAAAGGAGGAGGGGAAAGAGGGAGAGGCGGCGAAUGCGGAGAACGGGGAGGUGAAGCCUGAGCCCAUGGAGCUGCCGCCAUUCGAGAUCAUUGAAGGGGAGCGGAUCAGCCCUUUCUUCUUCAAGUUCCAGUUCAAGAACGUGGAGUACUCCUCCGGCCGCAACAAGACCUUCCUGUGCUACCUGGUGGACGUGCAGGGCCGGGAGGGGGAGGGCCUGCGGGGGUACCUGGAGGACGAGCAUGUGUCCGCCCACGCCGAGGAGGCCUUCUUCCGGGCCGUCCUGCCUGAGUACGACCCCCAGCUGCGCUACCAGGUCACCUGGUACGUCUCCUCCAGCCCCUGCACCGCCUGCGCCGCCAAGCUGGCGGACAUCCUGCGGGCGCGGAAGACCCUGCGCCUCACGCUGAUGGCCGCCCGGCUCUUCCAAUGGGAGGAGCCCGAGGUGCAGGAGGGCCUGCGGCUGCUGCAGGCGGCCGGCUGCAAGGUGCGCAUCAUGAAGCCGACCGACUUCAGCUACGUCUGGGACACCUUCGUGGACACCGAGGAGCAGGCCUUCGUGCCCUGGGAGGACAUGCAGGAGAACUGCGAGUACUACCAGGAGCGGCUGGCCGAGAUCCUGCACUGACUGCCAGCAGGGCUUAGGAAUGCAACCUGCCAUCACAAGCUGAGCCCAGAAUACAGCUCGCUGACAGCUCUCAUUCCACAGUGUCCCGCCUGCGAUGCAAAACCAGAGCAAAUACACGUCUCUCUCCGAUCUCGUCAGUCACAGGAGCACUUGCUUUUUUGUGGGACUGACCGAAACACCCCCCUCGCCCCCAAAACACAUUUUUUCUGAUAUCCGGGGUCAGGUAGAAUGUUAGCUUCUCUUUUUUUAACAUUUGUCUUUGAUGAGCACACAUUGUCUGCCUCCCAAAGCGACACCUACUGGCUGUGUUUCAAAAAGCAGCUACUUGCUUAUCCUUCGUAACAUUGCUAUUGCCCUCUGCUGAAGCAGUGCAUGCUAGGUGGGUGAACUAAGGAUCGACAGACAUGGCUUUUUGUUGACCCUUGCUGGACUUCCUCCAGGUAUCAGAGCUCCUCUUAUAGAACAGCACUCUACGGAGGCUUUUUAAGACCAGUGGAUGACAGAGAAGCUCUAUAGUGAUGGUGGAGGGGAGUCCCCAUUAUCUGUAAAGCGCUUUGAGUGGAGUGUCCAGAAAAGCGCCAUAUAAGUGUAAGCAAUUAUUAUUAAUUAUUAUAAUUAUAGAUCUUUAUUAGGCAUCUCUGACCUGCAAAUGUCACAGCACAGUGCAUCCCAACACUGUCAGAGUGUGACCCAUAGUGAACAGACAGUAGCAUUCCGCUGUCCUGGAAUUCCCGUGGAAUCAUUUCUUGCUCCUAUUUUUUGUCAUCCAGUUACUGCACUGGGGUGGAGCCCAGGACCUUGAGAUUUUAAGUCCUAACAUUCUGCACACUGCAAUGCACUGGCCCUUCAGCCUGGAAAGCGUGCAAAUUUAUAAGAGAGAGAUGUUCAAACACAGACAUAUUUUAACAGGCUUAGUCUUCUUUUAACCUCCAAAGUAUUUUUUAUUAGUAAUUACCAGGUUUUAUAAAAAUAUGAAGGACUACAGUACCUUCCUUCUUUAUAGAAGGAAAUGUGUGGUCCCUUUAUGCCGUUCACAGUCCUGUUCUGCAGGCAGUGAGUGGAAUUUCGUGCCCAGGAGGACUGUACUGGACUUACUGAGAGUGAAACAUCCUUCUUCUCUGCUCACUAGAAUUCUUCCUCCUUGAGAGAAAGUGAAUGAGUCUGAAAUGACAGGAAGACUGAGACUCUCUUCAUUCUUAAUGGCUUGUGUUGCACUACUGUAUCUUAGUGGGAUCUGCUAGUGGAGGUUUAACUGAGGAAUAUUGCAGUGCAGGUGUUCAGUAAUGUCUCAGUUUUUUUGUUUGCUCUGUGCUGUGUACUAAACUGCAGCUUUUCCUUUUUUUACCUUAAUACAGUACUAAUUCAGCUUAAAACUUUAGAAGUCACCGUGCAUUAGAAAUAAUCCUAUUGAAAUAUUAAAAAUUGUAUUGCAAAUUCUCUUCAUACAGCUAAUGCUUUUUUUAUUGAAUGGAUCCAUAGUGCUGUAAAUUACACUCACACCCACGUGCAGUAAUGGAGAAUGGGAUCUUUGCAGCUGAAAACUGAACUGACAGUUCUGGACUUUAACCCAAACAGUGUGGCCAGCACUGAACCUGGUUCUUAAGUGUAAGCUGUACGCUUCUCUGCUAGGUUUUAGAUUUGGACAGUCUAAGCAUCUCUAACAGCGUUGUCAGCUGUAGUCUUUGAAGGCACAAAGGAAUUGUUCCAGCUGAGCUCACAGGUGCCAGACUGAACGUGGUGCUGCACUAAUAAACAGGAGCAUUGCU